AAAUUUUGAUCAUUUUUAAUGUUAAGAUUAAUUGAAAAUUGAAAGUAAUCCAGUUGCUUUUCAUAACUUUUUUUUAUCAUAAGUCAUCUGUAAAUUGUCUUAAAAAUUAAAUUCUAUAAUUUUCACAUUUACAAAUAUGACUGUUGACCCUAAGUAUGCUCAUUUAAGUGGAAUCGCUUAUAACCAACCAGAUGUCUAUGAAACUUCUGACCUGCCUGAAGAUGAUCAACAACUUGAUUACAUGGAAGAGGAUAAUGAAGAUAUUGAUCGUGUGCAGAUAGAUACUUCUGAAGCUUAUAAACGUUUUAAGGAUCAAGUAGUCAAUUCAGAUGAUGUUGAUUUUUCUGAUAAACUCGGAAGAACGUUAAAAACUGGCUACAAACCAAAAGAUGAACUUUGGGAAUUAGCUGCUCAUAGAGAUAAAGAAACACCUUUAGAAAAGUAUCAUCGUAUUAAAUUAGAAACUGAAGAGUUAAUUCAAGAAAUAAAUUCAUUAAAAGAAAAUAAAAAUGAUCCAAAUGAAAUGCUAUGUGCUAAUAUUGGAUCUCAAGUUCAAACACUCUUAUCAAAACUUUCAACACUAAAUGUAGAAAAAUCUUUUGAACAACAACUUGGUCAUUUAGGUGCUUCCGAAAUAGAUAAUUUACAAAAAUAUAUUGCUACAGUUACUGAAUUAUUGAAAAAACAAUCUGAUAAAAGUAAUGAUAAAGUUACACAAGAUAAUAAACCUUCACAAACCAUAAAUUUUCAGGCAUUAAUUAGACCAAAUAAAGCCCAACUUGAACAAGUGUCUCAAAUUUCUAGACUGGAAGAACGUUUAAGGAAAUUAGAAACUACUAUAGGAUCUGGUAGUCUGGCAUUGAAACGUUUAGGUGGUUUAAGUGAAAGUGGUGGUUUAAUUGAAAGUGUGCAGUUAUUACUAGGUCAGCUAUCUAUUUUAAAUUCAUCACAACUAGAUGCCGUUGAUACAAGAGUCUCCAAUUUACUUCCUAAACUUGAACAAUCUGCAGCAAAACUUGACAGUCAAGAUCAAGAAAAGGACAAAAAAAUAAACGAACUUUAUGAAAUUAUUUUAAAAGCCAAACAAGAAUCUCAUUUGCUACCGGAUGUUUUGCAGAGAAUGGUUGCAUUAGAGUCACUUCAUCAAAAAGUUGCCAAAUUAGCUGUAACUAUAAAUAAUCUUGAUGCUCAACAUACAGAAAACAACCAAAACAUAGAAAAAAAUGAUGAAUUUUUAAAAAUGAUUGAAGUUCAUAUUAAUGAAAAUAUGGAAAAAAUAAAUUCCAAUAUACAAUCAUUAAAUGCACGAGUAGAAAGACUUGCUGAAAAUUUAAAAUAAUCUGAAGCAAAAUAAUUAUGAACUAGUGAUAAGUUACAAUUUCAAUAUGAAUUCCUAAAUUUAUCUUUAAAAAAAAAAUGUAAAUCCUGUAGAUUUUUUUACAUAGUUAAUAAUUUAUUUAAUAUUAUAACUAAAAUAAAUGAUGCUAUUAAAAUUAAAAAAAUAUAAAGUGGAUCACAUUUGUAAGUAUGUGAAAUUAAAAGCAUACAUAUUUUUUACGUGUAUCAAAAUACUUAUUGUAUAAUAAUAUAAUAUAUAUAUAUACAUAUACAUUAAUAUAAAAAUUUUAUUAUAUGGUUAAUAUUUUUCUAUGUCUAAACUAAUUGCUGCUAUUUUAAUUUUAUAGGAGUUUCUAUAAAUGCAAUAUCUUCUAGGUUAUUAUUUUUUUUGUCAAUGAAAAUAUAGAUAAUAAUAAUAUUGUUCAAAGAUUUUUAAUAAAAAAAAUUUAGUGGUUUAUUGUGACUAGUAAAGUUGAAAAACUUAAAUAUUACCAA